UGCCUCAAAAUGACUUUAAAUUUUUCAUUUAAAUUUUUAUUGAUAAUUGUUUUUGUAGAAGUGAUAACAGCUUUUAAAUUUGAUUUUAUAGAAAAUUUUCAAUCAAAGAUAACACCAGGCUUUGUUGAUUCCAAUACAGGUUAUUAUAAAAUUUUGAAUCAAUAUGAAUUGAAAUUUAACUUGUCGGAAAUAUUUGGUGAAAACAAUUUUAAUAUUUCAAAAUACACAAUUGUCAGUAUUUUAAAAUUUAAAUAUACUAAUGAAGAUUAUUUAGGAAUAAAUGUAUUCGACUUAAUAGUUAGUGGUUAUGAUGAAAAUAGAUGGGAAAUAAAUUUUUAUAUUAGGCGUGAUAACAAUAAGAUUUCAAUAGCAAAUUCUAAAGAUUUUCAAUCUACAUUUGGUCAUUACGAUGUUCCGAAGGAAACAAUAUUAGCUGAUGAUAGAUGGCAUAAAAUAAUUAUAGAAUUUGAUAAAGGAAUUUUUCAGUUUUGGGUUGACUGUCAACAUAUGAUUGAAACGAAACCAGAUAAGAAUGCUUAUGAAUUUUUGGGUUUCCCAGAAAAUAGAACUUUGAAAAUUGAAUUAAGUCCAAAAAGAUUAUUUUAUCGAUCUGCUGAUUUUGAAUUGAAGUCUCUACAAUUAGUAACUGGCGCAGACAUUGAAGAAAUAAAAAAAAAUGAUUGUUCUGAUGUUCCAAGCUCAAAUAGGAAAUUUAAGCUAAACGCACUUAACAUUUUAAAGGUUGACUCAAAAUUUUAUGAUAAAGAAAAUGAUUUGUUCGAAUUUAAAAAUUAUAAAGAGCUAAAAGAAGAGCUACAGAAAUUUUAUCCCAAUUAUCUUCAAUACAACUUUGAUUCAAGAAAUUUUGUUGUUGAUUUUGAUAUUCAGUUCCCACAAACAGAUGAAGUUGAAAAGGAUAACAAGAUAUUAGAUGGAAGAUGGCAUAAGUUGGCAUACACUGCUAAUGAGAAAGGUGAAAUUAGAGUUUAUGUUGAUUGCAUUUUUAUUGGAAAUUACACUUUGUAUAACAUUAAGAAAAAUCUAAAUUUCAUCAGAUCUACUUCGGUAGUUGAUACAAUUUUCGAGUUAGGACUUCAAGAUGCGAUGUUUAAAUUAAAAAGCCUAAAUAUUAAUAGUGAAGAGACGACAGAAGAAAAUUUAAAAUCUAUUUGUCCAGAACAUAAAGGACUGGAAACUGAUACUUUGCUUAAGUGUUCAGAAUUAAAGAAACCUUUUGAAGAUUUAAAUUGUGAGGGUAAAAUAUUUGAAAAUUGGAAAUUCAAUGGCAUUGAAACCAUCAAAACUACUAAUAAUAAAAUUAAUACUCCAGAAGGUGAUGUCUUCAAUUACGAUGGAUUAACUAAAUUUAGUGGUGAUCUUGCUGAAGAUAAUCCCAAUUUAUUUGCUCCGAAUUUCAAUUCUAAAGAUUUUAGUAGUGUUUAUAUAUUAAAAAUAAAAAAUUUCAAUGGGGAGAAUCAGGAAGAAACUAUUUAUGACGGAAAUUGGCAUAAAAUGUCAAUUUUUAGAGCUGGUAAUUUUUUUGAUAUUUAUUCCGAUUGUAAUGUAGUAUUCAGGUUUAAUGUCAUUGAGAAUGCUGGGUAUAUGAAUUUUGAUCACAACUUGAAUUUCAUUAAUGUUGAUGAAUCUGUAUCAAUAAUCCCAUUUUAUGGGAGAUUUGAUGGUUUUGAUAUUUACAUCCUUAAUUUCACAGUUUACAGUCCCGCAAAACAAAUUAAUCCUGAGGAUUGUGCAGACAUUAUAAAGUUAAAUAAGAAAAAUUAAUGACACAUAAUUAAAAUGAUAUUAUAC